CAAAAAUAUCAUAGCUGCUAAUUUUCUUAAUUUUCAUUUUGUUAUGUCCAUAAAGAUACAUACAAUAGCCUUUAUAAACAUGUACUUAAAGGUUUUUUUAGAAAAUCAUUCAUUUAGUAUAGCAUAAAAAUAAGUAAAUUAGCAAUAUACAUACUUUGCAGGUCAAUAACGCCGCCCGAUGAUGCUGAUAUCUUUAUUUACGUUUUUAUCAGAAAACUGAUUGAAAAUAAACAUUUAAUAUGAUAAACAUAUGAUAAUAAAGGCGGUAAAAUGGCUGCAGUCAAGUCGGAAGCGGCGGCAGAUCUACGCGCGUGUAGAAUAUGCCUCGCGACGGAUACCAAACUGUUCGGCAUCUAUGAGCAGCGGUUAGAUGAGGCUUUUAUCGAUAUUAUGGGCACUACGCUUUCAGUGUGGGAUGGGUGUCCUCAACAUCUAUGUGCGCUGUGCGGCGCACAGCUCAUCAAGGCGCAGGCGCUGCGCGCUCGUGCGCACCGCGCUGACGCGCUGCUCAAGCAAGCACUCAUGCACCAACAUAUUAUAACAACAAGCUACCUGGCAACGUUAGACCGCGUGUCGCAGCAGCUCGCGCUCUGCCUGUCCAUCCACCAUCCCGCCAUCAUGGAGACCACACACAAUGAGACCAAACAGGAGAUGGAAGAUGACGACUUUGACAUGUAUCACCCAGAAUUCGACGAGCCCAUAAUCAACCUAAAGAACACUAUGUUGCUGGAGAGUAUGAAAGAGACGGAGCUACACGCGGAGGACAUUAAGACGGACAUGAGCGAGAUGGAGAUAAAGGAGGAAGAACCUGUCAAAAAGAGGAAAGAUAAAGUCAGAAGGGAAAAGGUGAAAGUGAAAAGAGACAAGAGCAUAAAGACAAAGAAGAAAGUCCAGAAGGUACAAGAAGUAGAGGAAGAACAGAAGGAACCAAAGAAGUACAAGCGGAAACUGAAGGGGUUCAAGAAGUUCUUCGCUAGUGAGGACGAUUAUAUCAAGUUCGAGAACACUUACAAUAUAGAGAUAGUAAAGCUAUCAGAAGAAGAGCAGCAAAAAGAGCUAGACGCACGCAAAGAGUCGAGCAACUACCUCCGCUCGGCGUACCGCUGCGAGAGGUGCUUCAAGGGGUUCCUGUCGCACACCACCUUCGAGAACCACCAGAAGAAGACACACGACCCGAGUAACGGGCGCAACGAGUGCGUCCUGUGCGGGGCUCGCUUCCGGCACCCGGCUGGCCUCAGGAAGCACUUCGAGUCGCACACUCUCAAAUUCAUAUGCAAGAUUUGCCAGUUCAUGACAAGACACCGGAGCAUGGCGGUGAUGCACGCCGACUUCCACUCGGGGAAAACCUUCGUCUGCAAAUACUGCGGCCUUACCUUCAACAAACAGACCACAUUCAACACGCAUACCCGUGUGCAGCACCCUUUAGAGAAUGCCUCGGCGGGCACGUGCGACGUGUGUGGCGAGACCUUUACUGGCAAGCGGGGGCUGCAGCAGCAUAAGGCCAUCGCGCAUAAGAAGCUCACAACGCCAGAACUAAAAUGCCGCUCAUGUCUGGUUCAGUUCGAGAACGUUGACGCGAAAACACGUCACAAGAUCAAUAAUGUCUGCGACCCGAAAUUUAGGCCGUGUCCGGCGUGCGGCGAGCGGUUCGAAGACGAGGAAAGAGCGAAGAAACACUACCAGGACCACCACGUCAAGGAACACUACAAAUGCGACCAGUGUGACACAACGUUCGCGAAAAAAUCCUCCCUGGCCGUCCACUUCGAGCGAGUCCAUCUCAAGAUCAAACCGAAGAAACCCGCCUUUUACAAGUACCACCAGUACGGGAAGGGCCGCAUGAAGAUACGGAACGCCGAGAUCUGCGAGAUCUGUGGGAAAGGAUAUCCGGACACGACGUGGCUGCGGUACCACCAGCGCACACACACGGGCGAGCGGCCCUACAAGUGCGCGCAGUGCCCCAAGAGCUACAUGACCCCCGCUGGUUUACAGCGUCACGCGGUGAUCCACACGGGCGUGCGGCGCUGGCAGUGCGCGGAGUGCCCCAAGACCUUCCUGCACCAGUCCUCCAUCUACACGCACAAACUGGUUCACACGGGUGAGAAACCAUACGUCUGCCAAAUCUGCAGCAAGGCGUUCACUCAGUCAGGGUCCCUGCAAACUCACGUCAAGUACGUCCACAUGAAGCUAAAACCUCCUCCGCGACGUCGCCGACAAGAACUUUAUAAGCCGCCCAGCUGAAUGCCGUGAAUAACUUCCACAUACGGGAGAACACAUACGCAUGCAAGAUGUGCAGCAAAGUGUUCACAUGGCGCUCAAGACGUCUGUAAUAGGAGCUCUACAAGUAGCCCAGUUGAACCACAGAAUAUAUAAUAACGUACAGAAACAGCACAUAGGCGGGAAACCAUACGCAUGCGAAAGCUGCAGUAAAGCAAGAACCUCAGAGUUGCUAGCUAAAAGUGGUCAUAGUAGCCUAUGGACGCCGGCAACUCCACGGGUGAUACAUGCGCGUUGCUGACUCUUGCUUUGAAAACGUCUAGAUUAUAUUUGACGUAAAAAAGAGACUUUUAAAUUGCCCAGAACUAUGACAAAGAUCUGAUGUAACAUUAAUUCUAAAAUACUAAUGCUUCCAUAUUGGAAAUUCUGUCUACCAGUUAUAGUAAGGUGAGAGUGUGUAGAAUAUUUGAUGUAAAUGUAAUAUUUUAAGUAUUUAUAAUGAUGUUCUGGCCUGCCUAAAUAAAUAUUAUAUGACAUUAUUACACAAAUUGACUAAGUCCCACAGUAAGCUCAAUAAGGCUUGUGUUGAGGGUACUUAGACAACGAUAUAUGUAAUAUAUAAAUAUUUUAAUACAUAGAAAACAUACAUGACUCAGGAACUCCGAGCUCAUCACACAAAUAAAUGCCUUUACCAGGAUUUGAACCCGGGACCAUCGGUUUCAUAGGCCCCACUACCGGGCCAGGCCGUUUGGACUGAAUUAAUGUUUUGUUUUUAUUGAUUAAAUAAAUGUACCAGCAUUUUAUUAUAUUUUUUCAUAUUGUAGGUCUGAUUUGAUUUAUAUUGCAGAUCAUCGCACUGACUUUUUUUGGCAGGCCACGAUAUGUAUUUAGUUAAAUUUGUAUGACGAAUAGGGUUUGCUCUAAAAUUCAUUUUUUAUACUAAAAACGGCUUUAAAUAUGUUAAGUGAACAUAAUAUAUUUUGACAGAUGCUUACGCGCCCAAAACGCUCUUUGAAAAUUGUGUGACGUCACAGUUUACGGUUUGACACAUAACUACAUACGCACGUAGAAGAUACGAACUGUCAACUGACAUUUGUCAUUUGUUGUUUAUCGCCUAACUGUCAACAGUGUCAAUCCGAGAGUUGUGACGUCAUCAGAAUCUUCAAUAACGUUUCGAGUUUGGUCACGUGACGUGUGUCAAAAGACAUUUUAAAUUCAAUAUUUACAGAAAUAUGGUCAUUACAGUUCCCUUAAAAGUAGUUUAACAUGUUCUUAUAAUCCAAAAGAAUUUAUUGGGAUACUAUUCGACCCCGAGAUUUGUAGAUGGAAACAACCCUAUUGAAGUAAUAUUUUAAUAUUAGAACGGGCAGAUUUUGUACAAGUACAAAGCAUUCUUAAAGAAAAAUAUGAACGUAAAUUCGCGGGGAAAGAAAUCUGCAGUCAGUUCUAAUAAUAAAAUUAUACUGUACUAUAGUGUAAUGUACUUUGAGUGAAAGAUUGAUGGUGUAAAUAUAAUUUAUUGAAAUCAG